CUGGGGGUGGAGCUCCCCUCGGCUGGGAGGCUGGCAUCCGAGCCUGUCCAGGCUGGGAGCUGGGAGUCCAGCACCGCAGGCACUGAAUCCUCAAGUAUUACUAGAAUGAGCUGACCCUGAGCACAGUUGGCUCGGCAGGAGCAGCUGUGGGACCAACUGGCAGUGAGUGAGUUAACUGCAGCAGCAGCAGCUGUCUCUCUGCAAGGAAACCCCCACCCCCUCAGAUGCAGCCCAGCUGCCUGGCGUCCCACCAGGAUCAAGCACAGGGGCUGAAACUGGAAGUUCAGGCCUGUGGCUGCAUCUGCCUCUGUGGUGAGCACUGGAGGAGGGAAGCAGCCCUUCGCUGCCGUCUGUCUGUCCAUCCGUCCAUAACCCCAUCUGCCUGGUUGGCUGCUCACUGUUCAUCUUUAAACUCAUCUUUCCACCUAUCUGUAAGUCCAUCUCUGUCCAAAUGUCUGUCUGACUAUCCUGUUUGUCCAGCUGUCUGACCUGAAUGUCAGUCCAUCUGUGCGUCUUCUCACCCCUCCAUCUGCCUGUCCGUCUGUCCCUCUGUCCGUCUACCAGCCUGUCUGCCCACCUGCCUCCAUCCUCCCCCUGGGCCACUGAGCCAUGGCCGGGGGCCACAGGUCCACAGUCAGCCUGGUCCUGCUGGUGCUGGGGCUGACGCUGGCAGUCACUGUGCUGGCGGUGGUCCUCUCUAGCCACCACAGCCCCUGCAGCCCCCCGGCCUUUGCCCACGCUGCUGUAGCUGCUGACUCCAAGGUCUGCUCAGACAUUGGACGAGACACCCUCCAGCAGCAGGGCUCACCUGUGGAUGCCACCAUUGCAGCCCUGGUCUGCACCAGCGUUAUGAACCCUCAGAGCAUGGGCCUGGGUGGAGGUGUCAUCUUCACCAUCUACAAUGCUACGACAGGGAAGGUGGAGAUCAUCAAUGCCCGGGAGACUGUGCCAGCCAGCUAUGCCUGGGGCCUGCUGGACCAGUGUGAACGUGCCCUACCCCUGGGUACAGGGGCCCAGUGGAUCGGGGUGCCCGGGGAGCUCGGAGGCUAUGCUGAGGCCCACCGCCGCCAUGGCCGCCUGCCCUGGGCGCAGCUGUUCCAGCCCACCAUCGCCCUGCUCCGAGGGGACUUCCGCAUGCCCUCCAUCCUCAGCCAGUUCCUCAACAGCAGGUUGCUGCGGCCUUUCUUGUACAACUCAACUCUAAGGCAGCUUUUCUUCAAUGGAACUGAACCCCUAAAGCCUCAGGACCCCUUCCCAUGGCCUGUGUUAGCCACCACCCUGGAGACCGUGGCCACAGAGGGUGCGAAGGCCUUUUACACGGGGAGGCUGGGCCAGAUGCUGGUGGAUGACAUUGCCAAAGAAGGGAGCCAGCUGACCCUGCAGGACCUGGCUGCCUUCCAGCCUGAGGUGGUGGAUGCCCUGGAGAUGCCCCUGGGAAACUACACUCUGUACUCACCACCACCACCUGCGGGGGGCGCCAUUCUCGGCUUCAUCCUUAAUGUACUGAGAGGGUUCAACUUCUCAGCAGAGUCGGUGGCCCAGCUCGAAGGGAGAGUGAGCAUGUACCAUCACCUUGUGGAGACUCUCAAGUUUGCUGGGGGACAGAGAUGGCGGCUGUGGGACCCUCGAAGCCGCCCAGAGGUCCAGAACGCUUCCCAGGAAUUGCUGGGGGAAGCUCUGGCCCAGCACAUCCGCCAGCAGAUCGAUGACCGCGGUGACCACCAGCGCAGCCACUACAACCUGGCCGGGGCCUGGGGCCACAGGAUGGGUACUUCCCACGUGUCUGUGCUGGGAGAGGACGGCAGUGCUGUGGCUGCCACCAGCACCAUCAACACACCCUUUGGAGCAAUGGUGUACUCACCUCGGACGGGCAUCCUCCUCAACAAUGAGCUGCUGGACUUGUGCUGGAGACGCGGCUCAGGCUCCAGCUACAGGCCCCCGCCAGUUGUAGGUGAGCGGCCACCGUCAUCCAUGGUACCAUCCAUCUUGGUCAACAGAGCCCAGGGGUCGAAGGUGGUGAUCGGCGGGGCUGGCGGGGAGCUCAUCAUCUCUGCUGUGGUCCAGGCCAUCGUGAACAAGCUGUGGCUUGGCUUCGAUCUGGCAGCAGCCAUCACAGCCCCUAUUCUGCACGUCAACAGCAGGGGUGGUGUGGAAUACGAGGCCAACUUCAGCCAGGAGGUGCAGAAGGGGCUGCAAGACCGCGGCCAGAAACAAACCCGGCAGCAAUUUUUCCUGAACGUGGUCCAGGCUGUGUCCCAGGAGGGACCUUGUGUGUACGCCGCAUCUGACCUGAGGAAGAAUGGGGUGGCUGCAGGCUACUGAGGUGACAGCUCGGCCCAGAACCAGUACCCAGACCUGCUCUACGUCCUGAGUCCUAGCUGGGUGAUGGCACAGACUGCUCUAGCAGGAUCUGGACUCCUGGCCGGGACGGAAGGAAGCCAAGUCCAGAGGGACAGGAGGAUGACUGGAACAGCCUGGGCCGCAGCCCUGGCCCCUCCGCCACAGCGUCUUGUGGCCCUGCUCUGACUCCCUCCCCUGGCGUCCUGCCCACCUUCCCAAUCUGUAUCCAUUAGACUAAGAUUUUUUUUCUUUUUUUUUU